GCAGGCGACCAUCUCGUCGUUCUUCUCUCCUAAACCCAAAGCCGGAUAUCCUCCGCCCUCGCCGGCGCCAUCACCGUCCUUGAAACAAGGGGAUCGAAAUGGCACCGUCGGAGCGGCACAUCGACAGUCCGUACUUGUCGGGGAGAAGGCCAUCGCCGUCAAUGCGAAGAAGGUUAUGGACGAUAGCCUGACGCAGUGCAAGGACGUGAAGGAGGAAGAGGAGGAGAACGCGAAGAAGGGGGGUGCAUCGGGCAUUGCAGCCAGAGGGGGGAAGCAGUCGACUGGCAACGAUGAUUGCUCCCGUCAAGAUCAGGAGAAAGCUAACGACGGCGACGCCCAAUCAACGUUGAUUGGGCGUAGAUUACGGGUGCUCUGGCCGCGAGACAGGGUAUGGUACACAGGACACGUGUCUUCUUUCGAUCGAAGGUCAGGGAAGCAUUGCAUUGCCUACGAUGAUGGAGAUGAAGAAGCGCUUUUGCUCAAGGAUGAGAAGGUGGAGUGGCUUGAUGCUGUCACCGCCGCCGCCGGUGAUGGUAAAAAAAAACUGAAUGGCGAUGGCAACGUUGAAGGAGUAAAUGGGAGAGGGUUUGAGGGUGGUAGUGCCCUAGGAAAGAGCGAUAAGCAGGAGGAGGGGAGAAAGGGAGAGAGAGGUGGUGAUAGUAUGGAGAGCGCAGAGAAGCGUGACCCGACAAGAGAGGGAGGGAGAAGGAGAGUGUUGAAGAAAGCCGCUAGCGGUCAAUCUGUUGCCGCCCGGAGGUUGGUAGUAGAGAGCGAAGACGAAGAGGGGGAGAAAGAUGAUGGGACGAGGAAAGGCUGGGAGAAGGUCAAUGGGGAGGAAGAGAAGGAGAACGCGAUGGACACGAAGGAGGAGGAAGAAGAAAAGGACAACAAGAUGGAUGAUAUACCUUUGGUUGAAAGACGGCGGCCGAUGGGUACGAUGGAGAAGGAGAUGGCGAUGGACAUGGAGGGAGAGAAGGAGAUGGCGAUGGACAUGGAGGGAGAGAAGGCGAAGAAGAGAGAAAAGGGCAGCGCGAUCGAUGAUAUGCCUUUGCAAGAGAGACGGCGGCCGCUUCGUUCCAGACGACGGGUGGUCUACUGCAGCGAGUCUGGCGGCAGUGGGAGUGAAGACACGGGUGAUGAAGAUUGGGAUGUAGAGAAGAUGAAGAAAGAGGAGGGGGUGGGGGUAAAUGGGAACGACGAAGACGAUGAUGAGGAAGAGGAAGAGGAAGAGGAAGAGGACACGGGGCAGGAGGAUGAAAAUGAGGUGGACGAUUUGGAUAAACCGUUGGGAAGGAGGCGGAAUGGUGGUGGUGGUGGAGCGCGUGGCGGCGCAAAGGAUGGCAGCCGGGGGAAAAAGCGCGGGCGCACAGGGGCAGGAGGGGAAGAAGACGACAGUGACAAUGUGAAAUCCCACAGAUCUAGAAAGAAGGCCAAAUGUGGCUUGGCAAUGGCGAUAGCCUCCAAGCGAACAGAGAAGAUGGAGGAGGAAGAUGGAGCUAAUGAAGGGGAUAAGAAGAAUGGAUCGGGAUCGGGAUCCGGACAGGGACAAGAUGACAUGGUCAAGGAAAGGGGAGGAGGGUCUAUGAAACCUAAGCCGUCGUCCUCUGCAGUAACGGCAACGACGAGGGAUCGAUACCGGUGGCUGCUGGGAGAAGACCGUGCCAUAACAACGGACACACUCUCCGUUUCCCAAUCUGCUAUUUCUGCUCCAGGUACGACGAGAGAGCUAGUGGGUGAAGCAGCAGUACGGUUCGGGGCACGAGCAGAGAAGUUUGAAUUCUUAGGAAGGAAUCGGAAGGAUGCAAAUCGCAGAUGCCCCGAUCAUCCUCAAUUUGAUCCCCGGACACUGUUUCUGCCAGGAGAUUUCCUUAAAGGCUUGCCAGCAGGACAGAAACAAUGGUGGGAGUUCAAAUCCAAGCAUAUGGACAAGGUUCUUUUGUUCAAGAUGGGCAAGUUCUAUGAAAUGUUCGAGAUGGAUGCACAUGUCGGUGCCCAAGAUUUGGACCUCCAGUACAUGAAGGGGGAUCAACCUCAUUGUGGAUUUCCUGAGAAAAAUUAUGCUGAGAAUGCCGAGCGUCUCGCAAGAAAGGGUCACCGGGUUCUUGUCGUGGAACAGACGGAAACGCCUGAACAGCUUGCGCAGCGGAAAGAAAGAACUGGGGCAAAAGAUAAGUUCACCGACGAUGAUUGUCGAACUCAUCUGCGGUCUGUCCUUUCGGAGUUACGGCCUGUGGAGGUCAUCAAGCCACUUGGAGCGUUGUCCGAGGAGACAGAGCGUGCUGUACGGGAGAGCACACGGCAGCCACUUGUCAACGCCCUCAUGCCGGAGACAGAAUUUUGGAGCGCAGAACGGACGUUGAAAGAGUUGUCGACAUGUUAUGGUCCAUUGCAACUUGAAAAUGGGCAGCUGAAUGGCGAUCCUGACAGAGGGGAGGGGGGAAGGAAUGACAUGGAUGACACGUCGUCAGGUUCUAAUAACUGGCCUUUAAUCCUCCGUCACCUUGCAUCAGGACGACCGAGAGGUGAAAUGGCACUUUCUGCACUAGGUGGAUGUCUGUUCUACUUACGUCAGGCAUUGCUGGAUCGCGAUCUGCUUGCAAUGAAGUAUGUGAGAGCUCUGCCGGGAUCAGAUAUGUGCUGGAAACAAGGGAGUUCUGAAGACGGAAAUGAAACCGAAGAAAGGCCAGCAACGAGUUCGGCGAAGGAAAAGGGGUUGCAAAGGGAUGACAGAAUGGAAGUCGAUGGCGAAGAUGGGACGGCAUCCGCGAGUUUGGAAAGGAGGGAACAAGAAGAGGAUGAGGAGGAACCUUACAUGGUUCUUGACAGUGCGGCACUUGAGAAUCUAGAGAUUCUGGAGAACAACAGGGAUGGUGGAACUGCUGGUACACUGCUGGCUCAUCUGGACCACUGCGUCACCUCAUUUGGUCGGCGUUUGCUGCGGAGGUGGCUGGUCCGACCAUUGUAUAAAGUCUCCUCAAUUGUGCGGCGCCAGGAUGCAGUUUCUGAUUUGAAGACUGUUGCGUCAGAUGCUGUUGCAGCUGCACGUCGUCACCUUCAAGGCAUUCCAGAUUUGGAAAGAAUGCUGGCUCGUCUGCAUGCCUCCAGUGGUGCUGCAGGUGGGUCUGGGCGCUUUGCUCAAAAUGUUGUUUUGUAUGAGGAUUCCAGUAAACGACAUCUUGGCCAGUUCACUUCUGUACUACGGGGAUGCAGGGCCAUGGUUCGAGCCAUCCAAGAGUUCAAAUCAUGUGAAAAGGAUAUCUCAUCUUCACUGCUACGACAUCUUGUGACACCUGGUAUGGGGUUUCCCGAUGUGAGGGACACAGUGAACGAGUUUGAGAGGGCAUUUGAUUGGGCUGCAGCAGAGUCAAGCGGACGGAUCAUACCACGUAAGGGGGUUGAUAGAGACUAUGACAAAGCCUCUCAAUCUGUGGAGGAGGUAGAAAGCAGGCUUGAUGAAUACUUGGAACGGCAGAGGAGAAAGCUUGGGGGCUGUGCAGAGAUGUGCUAUGUCACAGUCGGAAAAGAGCCAUACCAGAUGGAGAUCCCAGAGAGGCUUCACUCCAAAGUGCCAAAUGAAUACGAAGUCCGUUCGCAAAAGAAGGGUUAUCGGCGGUACUGGACGCCGGCGAUACGAGAGCUACUGCAGGAACAUGCAGCGGCUGCAGAGGAGAGGGAAGCUGCAUUAAAUGGAAUACUGCGGGGGCUACUGCAGAGCUUCUGCUCUGACACCAGCAAAUGGGUGAAGGCUGUGGCAGCUAUUGCAGAAUUGGAUGCACUGUGCAGCUUAGCGUCGCUGAACAUUUAUGUAGAGGGAACCUUGUGCCGGCCCGUCUUUGAACGUCAACAACUAGCAACAUGGAAUACAACUGCAAGCACAGCUGACGAAGAGGGUGAUUCGGCGAAAGGACCUUGGCUUUACGCAAAGGAGCUUCGGCACCCAAGCCUGUCAGGAAGCCAAGCAGUGAGAAGCACACCCUUCGUUCCCAAUGACACAAUGCUUGGAGGCCCAGGGCAAGCCCCCUUCAUGCUGCUGACUGGCCCUAACAUGGGUGGCAAAUCCACGCUCUUACGACAAGUAUGCCUAGCGGUGAUUAUGGCACAGAUUGGUGCAGAUGUUCCGGCUGUGGAGUUUGGUCUCUCGCCAACGGACAGGAUCUUCGUCCGGAUGGGUGCCAGGGAUCAUAUAAUGUCUGGGCAGAGCACUUUCCUUGUUGAGCUUUCAGAGACCGCAGGAAUGCUGCGUUGCGCAACUCAAAAUUCACUGGUCGCUCUGGACGAGCUUGGCAGAGGAACGGCAACAUCAGACGGAGCAGCAAUCGCGUAAGUUAAUUGGCUUGUCCUCUCCACCAGAUUGCGGAAGUUAAAGGUCCAUUACUCUCCAAUUUUUCGACUUUAUGUUUUCAACGAAAAAAGAGAAAGGAAAACAAAUGUUUUCAAGAAAU